UUCCGGAGUCCUCCCCGCCUCCUCGGAGCCCAACCAACCCCUUCGAAAGAAAAAAAAGUCCUUCUGAGUCUUAAAGGGGAAGUGAGUCAGUAGCGUGGAACCUCGCAGAUGGAGUCGCCGCCUCCGCCAGCGGAGCGAUGGUUUUGGACGGGACCGUUGUAAGUCCGAGGAAGGCGCUGGCCACUUCUCCCGGAAACCGCCCGGAGCCGAAGCAGACGAAAAUGUCCGCCGGGAGUAUCGAGGGGCAGUACCUGUACCGCCUGCCUGCGCACAUCACGACCGAGUUCUGCAAGGUUAUGGACAGCCUCGACAGAUCGGACUGGCUGCGUUUCGCCUCCAGGGUGCUGCACGACCAGGUGGACCUGCGCCUGGCGGAGCGCAGCGAGAGGCCGACGGACUGCGUGCUGCACCGCUGGGGGGUGCAGAACGGCACCGUGGGGGAGCUGCUGCACGUGCUCAACGACCUCAAGCUGCUGCGCGCCCGAGACAUCAUCCUGCGCUGGAGCCCGGUGCCCCCCAGUGACCGACCAGCCCCCACACCGUGGCCACAGCCGCCCCCCAAGCCCAGUUUUUCCGACCAGCUGUUCAGCCCCCCUCUGAAGGACCAGCACCAGAAACCCCAGAGUAACAUGGAGACCCGCCCUCUGACACCACCAGUGCCAAGGCCUCUGCCCAGACCUGGGCCCCCGCCUUCUGCUCUCAGGACGGACGGAGAGAAGCGGCUGGAAGACCUGGACAGUCCGCCCAGACCCCCGGAGUGGCCCACCGGGGUGGGAGGGCCCCCCACCAGUGAUCCCAGCUGUGACACCCAGCUGGUGCACAGCGCCCUCUGCUGGCCGCUGGAGGAGGUGCUGCGCGGGACGGAGAAUUUCUCCAAGCGGCUGUGCAUCGGCGAGGGGGGCUUCGGCCACGUGUUCCGCGCCACCAUGAGGAACACGGACUACGCCGUGAAGAAGCUCAAAGAGGACUCGGAGAUGGACUGGAGUCUGGUGAAGCAGAGCUUCAGGACAGAAGUGGAGAAGCUCACCCAAUACCGACACCCCAACAUCGUGGAUUUCGGGGGGUACUGCAUGGAACGAGGGGUCUACUGCCUGGUGUAUGUGUUCAUGCCCAACGGGUCGCUGGAGGACUGGCUGCAGAGCAAGACCGGCGGCGCCCUUUCCUGGCAGCAGCGCGUCCGCGUCCUGCUGGGCUCGGCCAAGGCCAUCCAGUUCCUGCACGAGAGCACGCCGGCGCUCAUCCACGGCGACGUCAAGAGCUCCAACAUCCUGCUGGCCGAGGGCCUGGAGCCGAAGCUGGGCGACUUCGGGCUGGCCCGCCUCUGCCGGGCCCCCCCGGUCCGCGGGGCCGCCACCAGCUCGGUGGUCCGGACGCAGAAGGUGCGCGGCACGCUGGCCUACCUGCCCGAGGAGUACAUCCUGACCGGAGAGCUGGGCGUGGAGAUCGACACCUACAGCUUCGGAGUGGUGCUGCUGGAGCUGCUCACAGGGCGGAGAGCACUGGAGACUGACGGCACCUCGCGGACCAGAUACCUGGAUGGAGGGGCACCAGGAGCCUAUCCCAGCAAGCAGCGGGAGCAAGGCAGGGGGCGCGGCGUCAGGCCGUUGGUCACGGAGGCGGGGCGAGACGGGGUGGCGGACGAGGAGAGUACCGGCAGGUUCGCCCAGGGGCGUCGGUUCGCUCCCCCGCCCUGUGUUGUUGUCGUGUGUUGCCACGGCGCCGCGCUCCAGCUUUGCUCUUUGUCCCCGACCUCCUUCCUGGCUUUUUUCUCCUGUUCGCCCUUCCGCUCCUCCUCCCUCGGAGCUCUCCUCUUCCUCUUCCUCUGGUGUGGAACCCCUGCUCCUGGGCGCUUGGCCGCGGCGAUAGGGGCGUCCGGGCCGCGGCAGGGGAUCGUGAUGAAUCCAGCCAAGGAGAGGUUCUUCCACAAGCUGGCCCUGUACGAAGAAGGGAGGAUCCCCAGCGCCGAGCUGCUCUCCUCCUCCGCGGACAGCGGCGGCGAGCUCAGGCGGCCGGAGGAGAGCGACGAGUUUGACUGCUGACGGCGGGAGGAGCCCGGGCCUGUGUGUGAUCGUCUCUCGGACCCCACGCCCACCCACGCGCCCGCCCGUACGCAGGGCAGCGUGUGGGUGUGUGGCACAGGAAGAUGGACGACGGGACUCGAAAUCCAGAUUUUGAUGAAGACUUCGAAUCUUGGCGUUCAGCUCUGGUUCUGCCCGUUUCUCGCCGUCUGCGCCUGUGUGUAGGCCGGCUGUGCCGCGCGCACGUCACCUGGUACUUCUGGAGAGUCACGGGGACUCCCCGACCCCUCUGACACGCUGGCGGAGCGCCGAGCUGCUGCAGGUUCCUCUCCGUGCUGAGUCCGGCUCGCAAGCCCUCGGACGACGCGGCGCGGUGCAGAAUUGGCCACGGAGUACUGGGCUCACACUGGAAGGAGCUCAUCCCCACAGAGGGAAUGGAAUCGCAGACCGGGAGCAGAAAGACGGCGGUAUUUCCGUGCGCGACGCUGUGCCGUUUGUGGGAAGGACAAGCUGGGAAGAAGUUCCGUGUUCCCGGAGCACGAUGGCCUCGAUCACGCCUCCUGGGAGAACCAGCAUCGGCGUUGAUUCAGAAUCCCCCCCCAGCAUUUGUGCAGAUCUCCAGCCUGGCCAGUCUGGAGUGGUGUCAGGCGGGGGGCUCUGAGGGGGGAGGUGCUGCUGUAUUCAUCUUGAACACUAUGUCCAGCCCUGCCGCCCCCCCGGGAGAAGAGGAGCGCGGAGCAGUGCCCAGGGGAACACCCGGGAGAAAGGUCUCUGCCCCGAGGGGUAGGUGUUGGGA